AUCUGUUUUGUCGCUCAGCCACCACAAGCUCCAGCAAUAUAAUAAGAAAACAUAAAUAAAUAAAAACAAAACUUGGUAAAAUGUCCAGCGAUCCUGUAGCUACAAACGAGUGCUUUGAUAUUGAAAAGUUAGCAGCCUUUUAUGACAACGCUCUUGUCGAAGAUGAUGACGUACGAAUUGACGACUAUUUGGAAUCGUACGAGGAAGUAAUGAAGUUCUUCUUAUUGAUGGGCAGCGUGUUCAAGUUUGUGAGCAGCGAUGUGCGAACAAAAAUGAAUAUUUUAUAUGAAUUUAGAAAACAUGACCAGGUAGAGGAGCAGAAGCACUUUGAUACCAUAAAAACUAUGCUGCUUUAUGAAAAGGGCGCAGGAUUGCUGGUGCAGAAAGGCUACGUGUCGGGUAGCCGUACACUGCUGCGACUCCAUCGCGGCUUGGAAUUUGUAUAUGAGUUUCUAUAUCGCCUGAAAGACGUGGCUGAUGAUGAUAAAGCGCACACAAUUUGCCGUUCAGCCUAUGACGACACACUUGCCAAGCACCACCCGUUUCUUAUACGCAAGGGUGCACAGGUGGCCAUGCUGGCGAUUCCUACACGCGGCGAGCUACUCAAUCGUAUUUGUAGAAAAGAUGACAUACAGCGUUCAAUUGAGAUUCUUCCUAUAAUGUUGGAGCACAUGCGCAUCGUCUAUGAUCGUAUUGACCAGCUAUAUACGCAGCAGGAUCUGCACAACUUGCCUUAAAUCUUAAUCAUAAGUCAUUAGCAUUUUUUAUAUGUAAAUUGUAUUGUUUGUGCGUUUAAACAUGUUGUAUUUAUAUUCGUAUUCCAAU